UACCACGAGAAGUGUUUAACAUUAAAAAAUUCAGAAAAACGUCACAAUCAUAAACCUGUAUAUGAUACAGUUAUUACAUCUAAUCUAAUAAGCCUUCUACUACCUCUCUCUCUCUCUCUCUCUAUAAUAUUUGAGUUCUUGUCUCCUCAAAUAUUCAUUUUCUCUCUCAUUCACGAGCAGCCAGCCAUCAUAGCUCAGCUCCAAACAAGCAGCCGUUUGUCUCCACUAUUCACAACCAAAUUUGGACCCUUUUCUUUUCCUGGUUUGAUUUUCAAGAAUCACAAUUUCAAAUACUGGGAUUUCAAUAAUUUUUGUCUCUGCAAAGAUUGUUGCUUGUUUCUCUCGUGGGAAAAGAAAUAAAAAAAGGAGGUGAUAGUUUUCUUGAUUUCUGCUGAAGUUGAAGAUGGAGAGAGAUUUCAUGGGUUUGUCUGUGAAGCAGGAGGUUCCUGAUGAAAUAAUUGAUGCUGCUUCAGUGAGAAGCUUACCAAUGCAGUGGUCAUUCUCCAACAAGGGCUCUGCUCUUCCUCAGCUCUUGUCUUUUCAAGGUGCUCAAGAAGACAAACAACCCAAAACUGGUUUUAAUUCUCUUGCAUCAUCUGGAUUGGUUACCUUAACUACCGAUGUUUUCGACUCCGAUCACAGCCAGUUUCCUGCUUCACAGAAAAGCCAUGUUCCUGAGAAGCAAGGUGGGGUUCGUUAUACGGUGACAACAUACGGAGACACACACAAUAUACGUCGUGCAAUCACCACUUCACCAGCCUCCUACGCUGCUCCUGUGGCCGGAUUUCCAGUGGCGAAUCCUCUACAAGCCAAGCCUUCUAACAGCGCUGCCGUUGGAACCACUGAUUUUAGGAACUCGUGCAAGAUCUCGAACACGCCUGCUCAGCUAACCAUCUUCUACAACGGCUCAGUAUGCGUGUACGACGACAUUUCUCCCGAGAAGGCUCAAGCUAUUAUGCUAUUGGCUGGAAAUGCACAUUCAGUGGCUCCUAAGGCGACGCCUCCUGCAGUUCCCGUCCAGGCCGCCAUGCCUAGAUGUUCGGUUCCUGACAGGCUAACCAUAAACCAGUCUUAUGCAACCACACCUCGUCGUUCCAGCCCUGUCCCUAUGACCCCUAUUAGCGUCUCCCAGUGUGCUAAUAAGCCAUCUGGAGCUCGUAUGUCACCUCCUAUCAAUGCUGAGCCUCUGAAAACAGUCAUUCCUCUAGGAUCUGCAAGCUUUCUAUCAUCAGACACUGUGCCUCAGUUUCGCAAAAAAUCUCUAGCCCGGUUCUUGGAGAAACGCAAGGAGAGGGUGAUCAGUGCUUCACCUUAUGGUGAGUGUCAAUCUGGGGAUUAUAGCGCUGCCGGAGCAGGCGCGAUGAGCUUGUCGUUGAACUCUUCAGGAUCUUGUCCAGUUCCAGCUGCCAAUUGAGAGGCUGGUUUUAGCAGAAGCUGCAAAUAAGUUAUAGAGAUAAUUAAGCUGCAAUAUAAAAAUUUCCAGUUUCAGUUUGUGCUAUACCUUUGUUUAUUACGAAUUAAUUACUAUAUGUUUUGUUUUUUGUCUGUUAAGCAUUGUUGUAGACUUGUAGUCCAUUUUGAAUUUGUUUCAAGAAUGUAGUAGCCUUAUAAUCAGAAUUACACUGUAUAAAUAUUAAUUUUCGUAUCAAGAAUUACAGUGUCAUACUCGUUUUGAGUA